GAGGAGAUUCCUUGGCAACGAUUAGGGCAUUCCUUCCUUGCUUGGAGACCUUCUUACCAAGAGUAAUGGAGAGGUUGGGAGUUUAUGACAAAAGACCGAAUGCACAAAUUGGAAAGGGCAAAAUUCGUGUAGAUAUAGUCCGUAAUUGUCCACAACAAGAUGAUGGGGGCAACUGUGGUGUCUUUAUUAUCAAAUUUGCUGAGUUUCUCAUGAUGGACAAAGAUGUGAGUGAAGUUUCAAGGCAAGACAUAGAGAUGUACCGACAAAAGAUGACUACAGAGAUACUGAUGUAUGCAUCACGAAGGCAGUAGUUGGAC